GAGAUAAAAGUUUGACAUAAAUUCUCGUUUCUUGUUAGUAUUUGUGUGUUCUCAAAAGGCUUAUUAGUCGAUAUCUACUAUGUAUGUGUUCACUUCGUGUAGUAAACAGUCCAUACAUAAGUAAGUGAUAAAUCUAUAGAAUGCAUUUAAAUGUCUAUUGUAAACAGAUGAACGAAUUCAAAUUCUCGGCACACGUGUAUAAUAUUACAAUACCUUUUUAAAUAAAGAAUAAUGAUAAGAUUAAUCUGUAAUAAGAAAUAAACUUUGUACCCAUUUGUCAUGGCAUUGUCUUCACGCACAUGUUUGUGAAUGAGUGGAAGAAGGAAGUUACUUAAGUUAAGUUAAAAUGAAAGUAAACAGAAAACUUUUACCAAUAAAACUUCAUUAUUUUCUCUUUAUGGCAGCUUUGGGUCCAAUUUUACCACAACUGCCUCUUCUGGGAAAAGAUAUUGGAAUAUCAGCUAUAGUCAUGGGAACAGUUACAGGCAUUUUGCCAUUCACAUUUUUAUUGACAAAACCUUUUUUUGGUCUUUUAAUAGACGUUUACAGACAAUGGAGGAAACCGAUAUUUUUAUUUCUAAUUUUCGUCAUGACUUUAAGUUUCUGUGGAAUAUACUUCGUACCGUCUCGUCAAACUGCAAAAUUUGAGUUUGAUUUUAUUGAUUACACUUUUUGGAACGCGUGUGGUAAAACUGUUUUCCCCGUGGUAUGUAAUUCCAGCUGUUUGCCAAAAUCGCUUGUUUUGAUGGCUAGUGUUAAAAAUGAACAGUCCCUUUACCAACUAUGUUUAACCCCUCAAACACAUUUUUUGGCGAAUUUGUCAAAGUGCAGUUUUGUUUGUGUUGAAGAUCCAGAUAAUGGAUUGUACAGCUCAUUCACCUUUUGGAGUUUUAUCAUUUUUAUGUCUGUUGGAACAAUAGGAUUUAAUGUGGUUAAUUCUAUUAGCGACGCUAUAUGCUUUGAUAUAGUUGAAGAUCAGUCCAGUUACGGUAAUCAAAGAUUAUGGGGAUCUAUAGGGUUUGGUUUCGCUGGACUAAUUUCUGGAUACAUCAUCGACAUGUUUUCAAAGACUUCCGCCAAUUACGUACCAGCUUUUGUAAUAAUGACUCUUUUUUCAAUUUUAGACCUGUUUGUUUGCGCAAAAUUUAUCGAGCUACCGGUUAUGGAGGCACCAAAAAAUAUUUUUAACGAUUUGAAAGUCCUUCUAACUAAUGUGCACGUAGUCACCUUUAUAACAUUUACGGUACUGGCAGGAAUGUUAGAUGGAUUGAUAAUUUAUUUUUUAUUUUGGUAUUUAGAAGAUCUAGCGGUACAGACAGGUACAACACAAGUAAAAUUAAUAGAAGGAUUAACAUUGGCAGCUGAAACUAUUGGUGCUGAAGCACUGUUCUUUUUAAUAUCAGGAAAAAUUUUGCAACGUUUAGGUCAUGUUCAUACUUUUACUAUGUGUUUUAUGAGUUAUGCACUGCGUCUAGCGCUAAUAUCUGCGGCACCGUCGCCGUGGUGGUUUUUACCCAUUGAAUUUUUUAUGCAAGGACCAACUUUCGCCCUUACGUAUACCGCAAUUGUGGCCUAUGCUAAUGAAUUAGCUCCUCCUGGCAUGUCAGCUACCAUGCAGGGGAUUGCAUCUGGAAUGGGGGAUGGCGCUGGAUACGCCGUUGGAAGUGUGGUCGGUGGUUUGUUUUAUCGUUAUUUAGGAGGGAAAGCUACUUUUCAAACUUUUACAUGGGUGGCUUUAUUUUGUGGAAUAAUGCAUUUUAUACUUCAUGCAAGUGUACUUAAACGUAAAAGGAAUGCUAUAAGGCCAGAUUAUGAAGAAAUUGAUUAGAUUUUGAUUAGUUUAAGACUGCAUUUGGCUAGAUUAAUUAGGUACACGUAAUUUUAUAAAAUCAACAAAAACACAAGACUGUUGAAGAUGACUGAUACUGGUUAUUGUGAUUGUUUAAA